GAUGAGCCCAUGAUUCAAUAUGGUUCGGAAGAAAGCAACGAGGCCGGAGAGUAUCACGGGGCCAGGCGCAAGGGCGCGCCGUUCGUAUAAAGUCCGGUCAAGAUCGGAAUGACCGCGAGGGACACGUCCGUUGUCGAGUCCAUACCACUGCGUUGCUGAACGAAGCUCUGAACUUCCCAGACAUUACAAUGGUCCAUCUGGCUUCAGCCCUCUUGUUGGCCGGCGCGGCGUUUGCCGUGGCCGCGCCCGCGAACGAGGUCUUUGAGCGCCAGACGUGCUCGACUCAGAACAGCUACCCAACUGUCAACGUAGCCAAGCUCCCAGACCCGUUCACGACAGCGGGGGGCACCAAAGUCACGACCAAGGCCGACUUCGAGUGCCGGCGGGCCGAGAUCAGCAAGAUCAUGCAGCAGUACGAGCUCGGCACGUACCCGCCGCCGCCGGACAAGGUCGAGGCGUCGAUGAGUGGAACCGGUAUCACGGUCCGGGUGACGGUGGGCAGCAAAACCAUCUCAUUCACGGCCUCGAUCCGCAAGCCGUCGGGCAGCGGCCCCUUCCCGGCCAUCAUCGGCAUCGGCGGCGCCUCGAUCCCCAUCCCGAGCAACGUGGCCACCAUCACCUUCAACAACGACGAGUUCGGCGCGCAGUCGGGCGGCGGGUCGCGCGGUCGUGGCAAGUUUUACGACCUCUUUGGCAGCGGCCACUCGGCCGGCUCGCUCACGGCGUGGGCGUGGGGCGUAGACCGGCUGAUUGACGGGCUGGAGCUUGUCGGGGCGGCGUCGUCGGGCAUCGACACCAAGCGGCUCGGCGUGACGGGCUGCUCGCGCAACGGCAAGGGCGCUUUCGUCACGGGUGCCUUCGUCAACCGCAUCGCGCUCACGAUCCCGCAGGAGUCCGGGGCCGGCGGUGCCGCGUGCUGGCGCAUCAGCGACCAGCAGAAGUCGCAAGGCGCCAACAUCCAGACGGCGCAGCAGAUCGUCGGCGAGAACCCGUGGUUCUCCAAGAACUUUGACCCGUACGUGCGGUCCAUUACGACGAUCCCGCAGGACCACCACUUCCUGGCGGCCAUGAUCGUGCCGCGCGGGCUGGCCGUGUUCGAGAACAACAUCGACUGGCUUGGCCCUGUGUCGACGACGGGUUGCAUGAAGGCCGGCCGCGCCAUCUACAAGAGCUACGGCGUGCCCAACAACAUGGGCUUUUCGCUCAUCGGCGGCCACAACCACUGCCAGUUCCCGAGCGGCCAGAACUCGGAGCUCACCAGCUACAUCAACUACUUCCUGCUCAACGGCAGCACUCCUCCCGGCGCAGUCGAGCGCAGCACUGCGAAUGUCGAUCUGAACAGCUGGGCUCCGUGGGCCGCCAGCGCCCCGACGCUCUCGUAAAAGGUGGGUUAAGAAAGGGAACGAAGGGUCGGUGGUGAGCUACCGGGAUGUCGCUUGUCUUCGUUCUGUCGGCGGGCAAUUCAUUUGAUCAUUAGCGAGAUACUGUUGAUGGAGGUUGGCGCGAAAAUGUAUGCUGUAAAUAUGGCGAGAUAAACGAGAUGUCUCUUCUCGGUGCUGA